GUCUUUUUAUCGCUAGCGCGACUUUAACGGGAACGAAGAGGAAAAGUAUCUUGUCCGAACUGUUUCUGUCUAACUGGACUGUCCAAGUGGUCGGGAAGACUUCUUUUUAUUUACUUGUUUUACAGUCUUAUAAUAAACAAAGUCAUUUCUGGGAAGACAUGGCGCUUACAGAUGCUGACGUACAGAAACAGAUCAAGCACAUGAUGGGCUUCAUUGAACAAGAGGCCAGUGAGAAAGUUGAGGAAAUUGAUGCUAAGGCGGAGGAAGAGUUCAACAUCGAGAAAGGUCGUCUGGUGCAGACUCAGAGGGUGAAACUCAUGCAAUACUAUGAGAAGAAGGAAAAGCAGAUUGAACAACAUAAGAAAAUCCAGAUGUCCAACCUAACAAACCAAGCAAGGCUAAAGGUGCUGAAGGACCGCGACGACAUGAUCACGGAUUUGUUAAAUGAGGCUCGUCAAAGACUUGGAGAGAUUGCCAAGGAGCCUGCGAGUUACUCUGCCUUACUGGAGGGCCUGGUGCUUCAGGGUUUCUAUCAACUGCUGGAACCUAAAGUUACCAUUCGCUGCCGACAGAAGGAUGUGGAGAUGGUGCAGGCGGCAGUUAAUAAGAACAUCCCCAUCUACAAAGAGGCAGUGCAGAGCAACAUCGUUGUCAAAAUCGACCAGGAACGCUUUCUUUCGUCAGAGAUCUGCGGAGGGAUUGAAGUAUAUAAUGACAACAGGAAGAUCAAGGUUUCCAACACUUUGGAGAACAGGCUUGAGCUGAUGGCACAACAGAUGAUGCCUGAAAUCAGAGUGAACUUGUUUGGAGCCAAUCCAAACCGCAGGUUCACGGAUUAACAGCGGAUUUGAAGAGAGCAGUGUGGACACAGGUGGAAUAUAUACUGUAUAAGGUGACCAAAGCCCUUCAUCAGAGUGAGCAGACUGAGUCUGGACAAUCACUUACUAUUCACUAUUCAUGUGAUGCUACUGAUGUGUUAAUAUAUCUUUUUUAUUUGUGCACGAAUUAACUGCAUAAUAAUUCAACAACUGCACUUUUAUUCAUGCGUAAGUGCCCUCUAUUUGACCUCUCCAGGUGACGUUUAAAAGGACUGCUUUAAAUUGCUUUGGCAUUGUACAAAAGUAUUCCUUCAGUUGUUUUGGGAAAUCUAUUUCUAUUUGAUACCAGAUUAAUGUAAUCUAAGCUACAUAUUUAGGUCACCAAAUAUACACAUAUUCCCUUCACAUGCCUCAUUUACAUUUUAGCAGAACACAGCCCAUAAUGUAGUUGAUUAUAUGGUAUGUUUGCCAAACAUCUCUUUUUUAUAACAGUUAGACUGUGUGUGCAUGCGGACCGCGAAAAGAUGUUUACCAUUGUUCUGAAGCACUUAACAUACGGAAACCAAAUGAAUAAAGAUCAAAUAAAUGUGUGUGACACUGAGAAAUGA